AUGCAGCAACUACGUGGCCAGGAAGGUCUCCCGGAUCUGCGGACCGCAGGACUGCCAGCGACGAAGGCUGGUAGCGUGCAUAGCUGUGUUCUACCACUACCUCAAAAAGCCUUCUUGAGUGGCCCGGAGCAGGCGGCUGACUGGGUCAAGCGAAGAAUCGACGAAGGCUCAGACUACAUCAAAAUCAUCGCAGAUGUGCCAGGACCGGACCAAGAUGUGAUGAAUGCAAUUUCUGCUGAGGCGCACAAGCAGGGAAGUAUGGUCGUUGCACAUGCUGCAUCUUACAAACCCUUCACAAUGGCCCUCGAAGCCAAGGUUGAUGUUGUAACGCAUGUUGCUUGCGACAAAGCCGUGGACAAGGAUAUCACAGACCGUAUGGUGGCGAGUGGUACCAUUGCCGUGCCAACUUUAUGCAUGAUGAAAGAGACCACGAAAAAGCCAUCGUUGAGCGCCGCAGCCUCACUUCUGCUCAACCCCUCCGCCCUGAUCGCUAUCGUCCGCAGCAAGAGCAAUGCCCAGGGUUCGGCAGACUACAGUAACGCUCGAGAAUCUGUGGCUGCUAUGCACAUGGCUGGCGUGCCAAUCCUAGCUGGAACAGAUUGUCAUGAGGAGCCUAACUCUAUGUUCGAUGUCAAGCACGGGGAGUCCAUGCAUCGAGAAUUGGAGUUGCUUGUGGAAGCUGGCCUGUCACCUGUCGAGGUGCUCUGUGCCGCUACCAGCUUGCCAGCGAAAUACUUCGAUCUCAAAGAUCGGGGCGCGAUAGAGGAAGGCAAGAGGGCGGAUCUCGUGCUUUUGCGAGAAGACCCUACGAAGGAUAUCAGAGCCACGCGUUCUAUUAGUCGGGUCUGGUGCAAUGGUAGGGAGGUAGAGCUCUAG